AUGACUAUACGCCCCAUUAAAAAAAUAAAAGUGGCUGAAGCAGCGAAACCAGACGAAGUGCUUCCAGAGGAUCCAUUCGCAGGGCUGACUACAGUCCCAGAGUACUUGAACAUGGCAUACACCCAGGAAAUAGAAACCCGGUACAUCUCUCUCAUUGAGACACUCAUUCUUCGCGUGAAGUCAGAGGAGAGCCAGAAGAUAUGGAUAUACGGCCCAAAGAAAAUAUCAGACCACAUUAUAGAAAUACUCUCAAACGCAGCAGCAAUGCAGGUAGAAAUCCUCCAAAAGAAGCUUAUUUUUGACCCCGCCAACAUAUACCUCAUGGAUCUGUCGCACACCUCCAUUAAGUCAUCUCGGUCUGUUCUGUACCGAAUACUUGAGAGAACGUCUCCUUUGAGCAUUCAGAAAAACAAGUUUAUAUUCCAGAUUCCUAGAGUCGUCGACAUGAUGAAGCUGGAUAAAAGAAUAGUGAGCAGGAUGGAUGGAGUCAAGGCGUAUGUGAAGGAGUUAACCGAGAAGGAGUACUUCAAAAUAUUCAGCCGUGUUCUAGAGGUUCUGAAAAUAAAGGAAAAAGAGUACUGCGCCAAGUCUGUGGUGCUUGAUCUCGCCACAAUACAGAAGGGGCUGGAUGACUUUGUCCACUCUGCGUAUUUGGUGGACAAUUCGUAUGAAGGUAUGUCUAUUAAGUUUUAUAAGUACCUCUAUGGUGUGCAGGAGCCAAAUCCAUACAAGAUGCUUAGCUCUGUGCAUCUAAUUAUUCUAAUGGCUGCCACAGUAAAAAGAGUCACGUUAUGCAGCGUAUUUGAGGAGUUUGAAAGACGGGUGGCAAAUGUCCCGCACUUUAAAAAAGUCUCAAAAGACUGUGUGUUUCGAAGACUAACAGACCUAAUGAGUCUGAAUCUAGUGGCCCGAGGGUACUUUACUAGUGACAGAUUGGAGCUAGAGGCAGAAAUACUCUCCCGGGAUGAAAUAUAUCUUAAAGUAAUGCUGGAAAGAGUGAAGAAGUUCUGGACAAACAGGGUAUAA